AGCGGGGCGCGGCGGUGGUAGGUGUCGUGUAUGGGUUUCCCGAGCUGACGUGGCUUAGAUUGGGAAGGGGGCAGCUGGAUGCUCCAGCGGCAGCCGCUUCCAGCUUUCAGUGAAACCACAUGGUUGAAGUUCAUAGGAUGCAUAAGAAGAAAACUGUUGCUGAAUCAUGAGGUUUAUUUGAAAAAAAUCAGGAGAAAAUAACAAUCUGGCAGUGGAUGACUAAGAAAUUCCUGUUUAAAUGCUGAGCCGAUUAUCAGGAUUUGCAAACGUUGUUUUACAUGAAUUAUCAGGAGAUAGCACUGAUCAGAAUACGACGGCUCCCUUAGCCCCAGAGCUACCCCAGGAGUCUGACAUGGAAUUUAAUAAUAGUACACAAGAGGAUGUUCUGGAGCGUCUGGCUUCGGCAGAGAAGUUGAUAGUAGAGCUAAAAGAUGUUAUUAGACAGAAGGAUGUUGAGCUACAGCAAAAGGAUGAAGCUCUUCAGGAAGAAAGAAAAGCUGCUGAUAACAAAAUUAAAAAAAUAAAACUUCAUGCAAAGGCCAAAUUAACUUCUUUGAAUAAGCACCUAGAAGAAUUGAAGGCACAAGGAGUGACUGUUUUGCCUACAGAGCCUCAGUCAGAGGACUCACUCUGUAAACAUGACAGAAGUUCUACUGAGGAAGAGAUGGAAAUAGAAAAAAUAAAACAUGAACUCCAGGAGAAGGAGAGACUAAUAAGCAGUUUGCAAGCUCAGCUUGCUCAGGCACAGGCAGAGCAAACUGCACAGCUUGAUAAGAGUUCUGCAGAGAUGAAAGAACUUGUAAUGAUAAAGAAACAACUUCAGGAAAAGGAGGAACUCAUUAGCACUUUGCAAACCCAACUCAGCCAGACACAGGCAGAGCAAGCUGCACAGUUGAGUUCCAUGCAGCAGGUGGUCCGGGAGAAAGAUGCUCGCUUUGAAACACAAGUUCGUCUUCACGAAGAUGAGCUUCUUCAGUUAGUAACCCAGGCAGAUGUGGAAACAGAUUUGCAACAGAAAUUGAAGGUGCUGCAGAGAAAACUUGAAGAACAUGAAGAAGCCUUACUGGGCCGUGCUCAGGUUGUGGACUUGCUACAACAGGAGCUGACUACAGCCGAACAGAGAAACCAGCUUCUUUCUCAACAGUUACAGCAGAUGGAAGCUGAACAUAGUACUUUAAGAAACACUAUGGAAACAGAACGACAGGAAUCCAAGAUUCUAAUAGAAAAGAUGGAACUUGAAGUGGCAGAGAGAAAAUUAUCCUUCUAUAACUUGCAGGAAGAGAUGCAUCAUCUAUUGCAACAGUUUGAGCAAGCAGACCAAACCCAGGCUGAGCUGGAGGCUCAGUACCGUGCUUUGGAGCAGAAGCACAAAGCAGAAGUAGAAGAGAAGACCUCUCACAUUUUGAGUCUUCAGAAGACUGAACAAGAGCUACUAUUGGCCUGUGAUGCUCUAAAGGAUGAAAAUUCAAAGCUUCUCCAAGAUAAGAACGAACUGGCAGGCCAGUCAGCCCAGGCCAUUCAACAGCUGGAAGAUCAACUCCAGCAAAAAGCCAAAGAAAUUAACCAAUUUCUAAAUAAAACAACCUUGCAAAAACAUGAAACAGCAUCUCAGACUUCUUUCUCAGAUGUUUGUGAUGAAGGCACACAGGCAAUCACUGAGGAGAAUAUUGCCUCUUUGCAGAAGAGAGUGGUAGAGCUAGAAAAUGAAAAGGGAGCCUGGCUCCUUAGUUCUGUAGAGCUGGAGGAACUGAAAGCUGAGAAUGAAAAACUGUCUUCUCGGAUUAUUCUCUUAGAGGCUCAGAAUAAAACUGAGGAAGCAGACAGUGAGGUUCAUGGGCUCAGUAGGGUUGAUACCACCAUGUUCAACAAUAGCAGCUCUUCUACCGAGAAAAGUGGGCAAGAUGUCCUAGAGAACACAUUUUCUCAGAAACAAAAAGAACUAUCAGUUUUACUGGUGGAAAUAAAAGAAGCUCAAGAGGAAAUUGCAUUUCUUAAAUCACAGAUCCCAGACAAAAGGGCUGAAGGGGACCAUGAAGUCCCUGGCCAGAAAGAAAUGAAACAGACUGAGAGUGAGGGAAUACCUCCAAUUCAAGUGAACAUAUCUCUUGAAGAAACAGCACAAAAUUUUCCCUUAAUGCCAAAUGAAGAGAGCAGUGUUCCCACAGUUGAAAAAGAGGAACAGGCGGGCACUAAGUAUCAACAGAGAACAUCUGAGGAAACAUCUCUAAGUGACACUGGAAUGGAAUUGAAAUCAACAAAGCGUGACUAUAUUGAUAAAUCCUCUUCUGCUGUACCAGAUAUUGGUCGGUGUCACCAGGAAGAGUUGGAAAGACUCAAAAGUCAAAUUUUGGAACUUGAGACAAGCUUGCAGAAGGCAGAAGAAAUCUAUGAGAAAAAUUUAGAUGAGAAAGCUAAGGAAAUUAGCAAUCUAACCCAGCUGAUUGAGGAGUUUAAGAAGAAUGCUGAAGACACCAGCAUCACAUUCGCUGCUCUGUCUGAAGAAAGAAACCAGCUUCUUUCUCAGUUGAAGGAACUUAAUGUUUUAACUGAACUGAGGGCUCAAGUAAAAGAACUAGAAACCAACCUUGCUGAAGCAGAAAGGCAAAGAAGACUGGACUAUGAAAGUCAAACAGCUCAGCACAACCUGCUCACUGAGCAGAUUCACAGUCUUCAUAUAGAAGCCAAAUCUAAAGAUAUGAAAAUUGAGGCCUUACAGAAAGAACUGGAUGUUGUCCAGCUACAGUUUUCUGAACAGAGUGCACUGAUAAAAAGCCUGCAAAACCAGCUGCAGAAGAAGGAAAGUGAAGUGCUUGAGGAGGCAGAACGUGUGAGGGACAUCUCAAAUAAGAUGGAAGAGAUUUCACAGGUUCUUUCACAGAAGGAAUUUGAAAUAGCAAAAAUGGAUCAGCUCUUACUAGAGAAAAAGAGAGAUGUGGAGACCCUUCAACAAACCAUAAAGGAGAAGGAUCAGCAAGUGACAGAACUCAGCUUCAGUAUGACAGAGAAAAUGGUUCAGCUUAAUGAAGAGAAGUUUUCUCUUGGGGUUGAAAUUAAGACUCUUAAAGAACAGCUGAACUUAUUAUCUAGAGCUGAAGAAGUGAAAAAAGAACAAGUGGAAGGAGAUAACGAAGUUAUUUCAGGUCUUAAACAUAAUUAUGAUGAGUCAAACCCAGCAGGACUAAUAAGUAAAGAAGAACUUCAGCAUGAAUUAGAUCGUCUGAAGAAAGAAAGUGAACAGAGAAAGAGAAAGCUUCAGGCAGCUCUUAUUAACAGAAAGGAACUUCUACAGAGAGUUAGUACAUUAGAAGAAGAAUUAGCCAAAGUAAGAGAUGAAUCUAAGAAAGAGAUUCCUCUCAAUGAGAGUGAGAGGAAAGAAAUGGAGGAAGACAAAGAGAACAAAGAGGACUCCGAAAAAUUUUUGACUUCUAAGUGGCAAGAAAUAGAAAUUUCUUUAAAACAGACAAUAUCUGAAAAAGAAGUGGAACUAGCACAUGUAAAGAAGGAUUUGGAAGAAAAGAUGGCAGCAGAAGAACAUUUACAGGCUCUGAUCAAACAGAUGAAUCAGAACUUGCAAGAGAAGACAAACCAAAUAGAUUUGCUCCAAGCAGAAAUUAGUGAAAACCAAGCAAUUAUCCAGAAGUUAACCACAGGUACCAAGGACGCUGGUGAUGGAGACUCAGCAGCAUCUGUAAAAGAAACAGUAAUGAGCAGUCCAUGUGACACUGGUAAUGGAGAACAUAGGAAACGAGAAAUGGAAAAAAAGAUAGUAGACCUUGAAAAAGAAAAGGAGCAACUUCAAAAGAAGCUUCAGGAGGCCUUAAUUUCCCGCAAGGUGAUUCUUAAAAAGGCACAGGAAAUAGAAAGACAUUUUAAGGAGGAGCUAAAGCAACAGAAAGAUAACUAUAAUCACUUACAAGAACAGUUUGAUGUACAAAGCAAAGAAAAUGAGAACAUUGGAGACCAACUCAGACAACUCCAGAUUCAAGUAAGGGAGUCCAUAGGCAGAAAAAUCCCAGGCACUGACCAGCAGGAACCUGGCUCUCCCACUGAAGCUACAGAAGAGCCUUUAUUCAAAGGCAUAGAACAGAGUCCUAUGCAACCUAUUUUAGAGUCCAACUUGUGCCCAUCCUGGCCUUCUUAUCCUGUAGAUGCAAAUGCUCUACAGGUUAAAAAUUCUAUUGCCCAGAUUAAGAUCCACCUGAAAGAAAUACAGGCUAAGAAAGAGGAACUAGAAUUGAAAGUUUUCUCUACAACAAGUGAGCUUACUAAAAAGUCAGAAGAGGUAUUUCAGUUACAAGAGCAGAUAAAUAAACAAGAUUUAGAAAUCCAGAAUCUGAAGGCAUCAUCCUGUGAAGCUGAAGCCUGUGCAGAAAGCCUGAAGCAGAAAUUGGAAAGCAGUCAAGUAGAAAUUGCUGACCUAAAACAUCUAAGAACAUUACAACCUGAGCUAGAUGAGCUGCAAAAACUCAUAAGCCAAAAGGAUGAAGAAGUUAGUUACCUUUCUGGACAACUUAGCACGAAAGAUGAAACCCUUACUAAAAUACAGGCGGAGAUAAUAGAACAAGAGGAUUUAAUUAAGGCUCUACAUACACAGCUGGAAAUGCAAGCCAAAGAGCAUGAUGAGAGGAUAAAGCAAUUACAGGUAGAACUUUGUGAACUCAAGCAGAAACCAGAAGAGAUUGCAGAAGAAAGUAGAGCAAAGCAACAAAUACAGAGGAAACUGCAAGCCGCCCUUAUUUCCCGAAAAGAAACUCUCAAAGAAAACAAGAGUCUCCAAGAGGAGUUGUCUUUGGCCAGAGAUACCAUUGAACGCCUCACCAAAUCUCUGGCAGAUGUGGAAAACCAAGUUUCUGCACAAAAUAAAGAAAAAGACACAUUCUUAGGAAGGUUAUCUCUACUUCAAGAAGAAAGAGAGAAACUCAUUGCAGAAAUGGACAGGUCUUUACUAGAAAAUCAAAGUCUCAGUAGCUCUUGUGAAAGUCUGAAACUUGCUCUAGAGGGUCUUACUGAAGACAAGGAAAACUUAGUGAAGGAAAUUGAAUCUUUGAAGUGUUCUAAAAUUGCUGAAACCACUGAGUGGCAAGAGAAACAUAAGGAAUUGCAAAAAGAGUAUGAAAUUCUUCUGCAGUCUUAUGAAAAUGUUAGUAAUGAAGCAGAAAGGAUUCAGCAUGUGGUAGAAACUGUGAGGCAAGAGAAGCAAGAACUGUAUGGCAAGUUCCGAAGCACAGAAGCCAGUAAGAAAGAGACAGAAAAGCAGUUGCAGGAAGCUGAACAGGAAAUGGAGGAAAUGAAAGAAAAAAUGAGAAGGUUUGCUAAAGCUAAACAACAGAAAAUUUUAGAGCUGGAAGAAGAAAAUGAUCAGCUUAGGGCCGAGGCACACCCUGAGGGAGGUACAGCUAAAGAACGUAUUGAAGCACUUCUUUCUUCCAAUUCCAGCAUGAAGGAAGAACUAGAAAGGGUCAAAACUGAGUAUACAACCCUGUCUAAGGAUUUUGAGGCUUUAAUGACCGAGAAAGACAUUUUAAGUGAAGAGGUUCGAGAUUUAAAGCAUCAGGUAGAAAGCAAUGUAUCUAAACAAGCUAGCCUAGUGGCCAUUGAGAAACCUGAUGACCAAAAGGACAUCAUUGAAGAGGCAACACAGGCUGUGCCUAGUGAAACUCAAGAGCAAGACUCUCUGAGUGUGAACACAGAGCCUGAGGAUUCCAAAGCUAUUAUAUUAGAGAACAGUGCCAAGCCUGACAUUAGUGAGAAUUUUAGCUCACAUGAUGAAAUUAAUAACUACCUACAGCAGCUUGAUCAGCUUAAAGGGAGAGUUGCUGAAUUAGAAGAGGAAAAGCAGAAAGAUAAGGAAUUUAGCCAAACAUUAGAAAAUGAGAAAAAUGCCUUAUUGAGUCAAAUAUCAGCAAAAGAUAGUGAACUAACAGUGCUUCAGGAAGAAGUAACAAAAAUUAACCUGUUAAAUAAGCAAAUCCAAGAAGAACUCUCCAGAGUUACUAAACUGAAGGAGACAGCAGAAGAAGAAAAGGAUGAUUUAGAGGAGAGGCUUAUGAAUCAACUAGCAGAACUUAAUGGAAGCAUAGGGAAUUAUUACCAGGAUGUCACAGAUGCCCAAAUAAAAAAUGAGCUACUAGAAUCUGAAAUGCAGAACCUUAAAAAGUGUAUGAGUGAAUUGGAAGAAGAAAAGCAGCAACUAGUCAAGGAAAAAACUAAAGUGGAAUCAGAAAUCCGAAAGGAAUAUUUGGAGAAAAUACAAGGUGCACAGAAAGAACCUGGCAAUAAAAGCCAUGCAAAGGAACUUCAGGAGUUGUUGAAAGAAAAACAACAAGAGGUGAAGCAACUGCAGAAGGACUGCAUAAGGUAUCAAGAGAAGAUUAGUGCUCUGGAAAGAACUGUUAAGGCUCUAGAAUUUGUUCAGACUGAAUCCCAAAAGGACUUAGAGAUAACCAAAGAGAAUCUGUCUCAAGCAGUUGAGCACCGCAAAAAGGCACAAGCAGAAUUAGCUAGCUUCAAAGUAGUACUAGAUGACACUCAAAGUGAAGCAGCCAGAGUCCUAGCAGACAAUCUCAAGUUGAAAAAGGAACUUCAGUCAAAUAAAGAAUCAAUUAAAAGCCAAAUGAAACAAAAGGAUGAAGAUCUUGAGCGAAGACUAGAGCAGGCAGAAGAGAAACACUUAAAAGAGAAGAAGAAUAUGCAAGAGAAACUGGAUGCUUUGCAUAGAGAAAAAGGCCACUUUGAAGAGGCUCUUGGAGAGAUUCAGGUCACUUUGAGCAAGAAAGACAAGGAAGUAAAGCAACUUCAGGAAAACUUGGACAGUACUGUUGCCCAGCUUGCUGCCUUCACUAAGAGCAUGUCUUCCCUCCAGGAUGAUCGGGACAGAGUGAUAGAUGAAGCCAAGAAAUGGGAAAGGAAGUUCAGUGAUGCUAUUCAAACCAAAGAAGAAGAAAUAAGACUCAAAGAGGAGAAUUGCAGUGUUUUAAAGGAUCAACUUAGACAGACGUCCAUCCACAUGGAAGAAUUAAAGAUCAGCAUUUCCAGGCUUGAACAUGACAAGCAGCUUUGGGAGUCCAGGGUCCAGACAGAGACCCAGCAUCAACAGAAGGUCUGUGAUACUCUACAGGGGGAAAACAAAGAACUUUUGUCCCAGCUGGAAGAAACUCGACACCUAUACCACAAUUCCCAGAAUGAAAUAGCUAAGUUGGAAUCAGAACUUAAGAUUCUCAGAGACCAGGUGACUGAUGUAAAUAACUCUUUAGAAAAAUGUAAGGAACAUAAAGAAAACUUGGAAGAGAUCAUAAAGCAACAAGAAACUGAUGUCCAAAAUUGUAAAUUCAGUUGCGAGCAACUGGAGACUGAUCUUCAGGCCUCCAGAGAACUAACUGGGAGGUUGCACGAAGAAAUAAAUAUGAAAGAGCAGAAGAUUAUAAGCCUGCUUUCUGGUAAGGAAGAGGCAAUCCAAGUAGCUGUUGCUGAACUGCAUCAGCAACAUGAUAAAGAAAUUAAAGAAUUAGAAAACCUAUUGUCCCAAGAGGAGGAGGAGAAUAUUGUCUUAGAAGAGGAAAACAAAAAAGCUGUUGACAAAACUAAUCAGCUUAUGGAAACACUAAAAACCAUCAAAAAGGAAAACAUUCAGCAGAAGGCUCAGUUGGAUUCCUUUGUUAAAUCCAUGUCUUCUCUCCAGAAUGACAGAGACCGCAUAGUAAGUGACUAUCAACAGCUGGAAGAGCGACAUCUCUCUAUAAUCCUGGAAAAAGACCAACUCAUCCAAGAUGCUGCUGCAGAGAAUAAUAAGCUUAAAGAAGAAAUUCGAGGGUUGAGAAGUCAUAUGGAUGAUCUCAAUUCUGAGAAUGCCAAGCUAGAUGCAGAACUGAUCCAGUAUAGGGAAGACUUGAACCAAGUGAUAACAAUAAAGGACUAUCAGCAAAAGCAACUCCUUGAAGCUCAACUUCAGGAAAAUAAGGAGUUGAAAAAUGAAUGUGUAAAAUUAGAAGAAGAACUGAAGGAGUCUGAGGAAGCAAAGAAGAAUCUGCAGAGGUCCUCUGAUGCCCUCCAAGAGGAGAAACAAGGUUUAUGUAAAGAGAUCGAGAGCUUGAAAUCAUCUGUUUCCCAACUAAAGAGACAAGUGACAGUCUUGCAAGAAGAAGGUACUUUAGGUAUGUAUCAUGCCCAGUUAAAAGUAAAAGAAGAGGAGGUACAGAGGUUAAGCAUGAUGCUUUCCUCCUCUCAGAAGAGAACUACAGAACUGGAAGAGGAAUUAGUUUGUGUUCAAAAGGAAGCUACAAGGAAGGUAGGGGAAAUUGAGGAUAAACUGAAGAAGGAAUUAAAGCAUCUUCACCACGAUGCAGGGAUAAUGCGAAAUGAAACUGAAACAGCAGAAGAGAGGGUAGCAGAGCUAGCGAGAGAUCUGGUGGAGAUGGAACAGAAAUUAUUUACAGUAACCAAAGAAAAUAAAGAUCUCACAGCACAAAUUCAGUCUUUUGGAAGGUCUAUGAGUUCCUUGCAAAAUAGUAGAGAUAAUGCCAAUGAGGAGCUUGAUGAACUGAAAAGGAAAUAUGAUGCCAGUCUGAAGGAGCUGGCCCAGCUGAGAGAACAAAAGGGCCUCUUAAACAGAGAGAGUGAUGCUCUUCUUUCUCAAGCUGCCUUUCCCCUGAAUAGCACUGAGGGAAACAGUUUGUCUCGCCUUGAGAAACUUAACCAGCAGCUCAUAUCCAAAGAUGAGCAACUGCUUCACUUGUCCUCACAACUAGAAGAUUCUUACAACCAAGUGCAGUCCUUUUCCAAGACUAUGGUCAGUCUGCAGAAUGAGAGAGAUCACCUGUGGAGUGAGCUGGAGAAAUUCCGAAAGUCAGAAGAAGGGAAGCAGAGGUCUGCAGCCCAUCCUGCCUCUAGCCCAGCUGAAGUACAGAGUUUGAAAAAAGCUAUGUCCUCACUCCAGAAUGACAGAGACCGACUAUUGAAGGAACUGAAGAAUCUGCAGCAGCAGUACUUACACAUUAAUCAAGAAGUCACUGAGUUACGUCCGCUGAAGGCUCAACUCCAGGAAUACCAAGAUAAGACAAAAACAUUUCAGCUUAUGCAAGAAGAACUCAGGCAAGAAAACCUCUCCUGGCAGCAUGAGCUGCAUCAGCUCAGAAUGGAGAAGAAUUCAUGGGAGAUACAUGAGAGGAGAAUGAAGGAACAGUACCUUAUGGCUAUCGCAGAUAAAGAUCAGCAGCUCAGUCAUCUUCAGAGUCUUAUGAGGGAAUUGAGGUCUUCUUCCCAGACUCAGACUCUCACAGUGCAAUACCAAAGACAGGCAUCCCCAGAGACAUCAGCUUCCCUAAAUGGAUCACAAAACCUAGUUUAUGAAACAGAACAUCUCAGAACCCAGCUCAAUGACAGCUUAAAGGAAAUUCACCAAAAAGAAUUAAGAAUUCAACAAUUGAACAGCAAGUUCUCUCAGCUACUCGAAGAGAAAAACACCCUCUCCAUCCAACUUUGUGAUACCAGCCAAAGUCUCCGUGAGAACCAGCAGCACUACAGUGACCUUUUUAACCACUGUGCAGUCUUAGAGAAGCAGGUGCAGGAGCUGCAGGCGGGGCCACCAAAUGUGGAUGUUGCUCCAGGAGCUCCCCAGGAAAAGAAUGGAAUUCACAGGAAGAGUGAGCCUGAGGAAGCAAAGGAGCCACAGCGAAGCUUUUCUGAAGCCCAACAGCAGCUGUGCCACACAAAGCAAGAAGUAAAUGAAUUAAGGAAACUACUGGAAGAAGAACGAGACCAAAGAGUGGCCGCUGAGAAUGCCCUCUCUGUGGCGGAGGAGCAGAUCAGGCGGUUGGAGCAUGGAGAUUGGGACUCUGCCCGGACUCCUAUCAUUGGCUCCUGUGGCACUCAGGAGCAAUCACUGAUAAUAGAUAUUACAGGCAGCAGCUGUCGAAGGACCCGGAGUGGUGCUGGAUGGAAGCGGGUCCUGCGUUCACUCUGUCAUUCCCGGACCCGGGUGCCACUACUGGCAUCCAUCUACUUUCUGAUGGUUCAUGUCCUACUCAUUCUGUGUUUCACAGGCCGUAUAUAAACUGUAGUUGUCACUUUUUGGACCA